AUGAAACCCGUGAUCGUCAUCUGCGGCACCACCGGUGUCGGCAAGUCGAAGCUCGCGGUCGAGCUCGCGCAGCGGAUAUCGCAGGGCGCUCUGUCACCAGAAUGGCGUUCUUCGAAGGUUCUCAACGCGGAUGCCAUGCAAGUCUAUCGUGGCUUAGACGUGUUGACAAAUAAGAUGCCGGAGAACGAACGUCAGGGCGUCGAGCAUCUGCUCAUGGACUUUAAGAACCCUGGCGAGCGAUAUGUCGUUGGUGAUUGGGUAGAAGACGCCAUGAGGACUAUCGACCAAAUGCAUGAACGAGCGGAAGUUCCGAUCGUCGUCGGCGGAACUUCGUACUGGCUGCAGCACCUCAUAUUCUCGAAUAGACUGCCGAACGACCCAGCCAGCAGCCCUCCCGCCUCUACUACCUCUCGAGCUCCUGAUGAGGAGUUGGCUGCCUCGAUAGCUGCAUUGCCUCCCGAGAUGCGAGCUUUACUCAAUAACCUUCCCGAUCCUGCACCCUCCGCCGCAGACCAGCCAGACCUAGCGCUGACGCUACAUGAGAUACUUGCGAAACUUGACCCUGUGAUCUCCGGUACCUGGCAUUGGCGAGAUACUCGCAAAGUUCUGCGCAGUCUGUCUAUCAUCAAAGCGACCGGCCAACGUCCGAGCUCGCUGUAUCGCUCACAAGCCGCUGAAGUCGCUUUGCCCAGAUACGACACGCUCUGCUUCUGGCUGCAUGCGGACAUGACGGCGCUCGAACCCCGCCUACGAGCGCGAGUCGACGAUAUGCUACGGGAUGGGCUCUUGGACGAAGUCUCAGCGCUUCGAAAGAUAGCAGGCACAAAUAGUAACGACGCCGAUCUAUCUCAAUUCGACUAUACGUCCGGCAUCUAUCAAUCUAUCGGAUUCAAGGAGUUCGAUCAGUACCUGGCCGAAGUCAACCCUUCGUCUGCUCAGUACGACCUUACCGUAGAGAACAUGAAAGUGUCGACGAGACAGUACGCAAAACGACAAGUGUCUUGGAUCCGUAACAAGUUGAUACCCGCCGUGUACGCUGCACGUCGAGCGGCCGAUAAUGGUCCAGACUUCUACGCUCUUGACGCUACGGACCUCGCGGGUUGGCAGCGGAACGUAUCUGAUAUCGCUCAGAAUAUCACGGCGGCGUUCUUGUCCGGUCAAUCCAUACCCGAUCCUCUCACCACUUCUCUCGCCGCCGAGAAGCUGUUGCGCGAAAGCGCAAAGUCUGCUGACCCGAUGGCGAUGCUAGAAGCUCGCCGCCAGAUCGUCUGUCCGACUUGCACCGUCGACAAGAAUCGACCUGUCAUGAUUAUCGAGGGCGAACCGUGGGAGGUGCAUUGCAGGACGAAGGUGCACCGCAAGCUAUCUAGGAAGAUGUCAUCCGGUGUGGAUAACGGUGUUGACGGGUUAGCGUCAGCUAUAGACUAA